AUGGCCAUGCCUGCGAAAGCUUGGGAGACCACAAAGGGCUGCAAGGGCUUGAAGCAGACCUGCCGGCACUGCCGGCCGACGUUUGCAAACGUCGCUGACACCAUUGAUGCCUGCUCUCGCUUGACAUAUUGGAAGCCGGCACUGGCCUUGCUGGAAGCUGUGCAGGAGAGCAGAAUUUCGGAGGUGGUGCUGUUCAAUGGUGUGGUGAUGACUUUGGGUCGACAGCUCCUGUGGGUCGCUGCUUCGGAACUUCUGGCGGCUGCGAGACACUGGCAAAUCAGAACGAACCAGCGAAGCCAUGUUUCGGCCUUGAGCGCCUUGAGGCGCUCGAAAAGCGGCCUGACUUCCCCUUCCCCGUGGUCCCGGAGUCGAGCUUCGCGGUGGUCCCUCGCACUGCACAUGGCCAGGGACGUCUCAAUCCAAGGAUUGGUGGCAAACGUCUUCGUGCGCAGCGCAGUGGCCGGGCUGUGUGCCGAGGCAGGCGCCUGGCCCGUUGCCACGCUUCUGGCAGCCGCCCCCUCCGACUCUGUGCUCUGCAAUGCCGCCAUCACUGCCUCUGGCAGGAGCCGGAGCUGGUGUCACGCACUCCUGACCCUGGAGACAAUGAAGACGCAGCUAAUGGAGCUGACCGCCGUCACCUUCACAGGGCUCAUCACUGCUACGGCUGGUCAAGCACUCUGGGAUUUGUCAGCCACGGGGGCAGCUGCGGCCUCGGGGCCUGCGAGCGAUUGGCCGAGAGGCACCGCCUUGCUCGCAACCAUGGCAGGUCACCGCCUGCUUUCCAAAGAGGCAGUGGCGGCGGCUGCAACGUGUUGCGCCAAGCACUGGAGGAAGGCGCUCUACAUCUUUGCAUACUUCGACCUGCAUCGCAGAGGGGAGGUCGAUGGAGUCCUCGCUGGAGCCGUGAUCAAUGCCAUGGGCACGGCCCACGCCUGGCCGGAAGCGACGUCUCUCCUUGACUCCUUGCCAGGGCCGGCUUCGGGCAGCCUUCCCGGCGCAUGCAAUGUGCUGAUCACAGCCUGUGGCCGGGCCAUGGAGGUGCUCAAGGCAUCGGCUCUUCUUAGCGAAAUGCUCAAAUGCGGCCCGCAGCCGGACCUCAUUUCUUUCAAUGCCUAUUUGGCCGUUGCAGGCUCGGACUGGACCAGCGCGUUUGCAGCGCUGGAGCAGCUUCGGCAGCGUGGCCUUCUGCCAGACAGGCUAACUGUCAACAACUGCUGCGUUGCCUGUGGAGCGGCGCGGCAGUGGCAGAAGGGGCUUCUCCUUCUGGAUCCGACUGGGCCACCAUGGAUGCAGACCGGGGCCGUCGCUUUCAAUUCAGUCAUGGAGGCUUGCCAGCAGCCAGAGAUGGUGCUCGCACUUUUCCAUGAGAUGCAUGCCCUGCGCCGGCAAAAUGGCAGCGAGAUCGCCUUGUCCGUCUCAAUCAGGAUUUUUCUGUUGCGCCAGGUCAUUGCCCGGGCCGCACGCUUCAAGAAGAUGAAGCAGGAAGUGCCGGUGUCUGUCACACCUCUGACUUCAUUUGCCUUUGCAGUCAAGGUCGACGGACUUCGACUAAGCUCCGAGCUCGACGCAGGCUCUCUGUCUUUGUUGCGGGAUCUUUUCGAGCAGUAUUCCGUGUUGGUGUUCAAAUCUGCGGGCUUGACAGACGAUGAGCUCAUUGGCUUUGCAAGAGCCUUUGCAGCCGAAUUCCCAGGGGCCGAGCUCGAGGCCAGCGAAGGGCCCGCGGGCGGCCGAGUCCGGAAAGGGAGCACCAGAAGCUCCAGCUCAAGCACAACGAGGCUCAUUGGUCGGAUUGCGAACUUUGAUGCCGCAACAGGCUGCAUCCUUGCCUCUGACGAUCGCCUUUUGAAGCUUCGAGCCGGAAAUGGACUUUGGCACAUUGACUCCUCCUUCAAGGUGAUGCCAGCUCUGGCUUCUUUGAUGGUGGGGAAUAUCGUGGUGCCGCCAGGAAGCGGUGGAGAGACGGAGUUUGCUUCUUCUCGUGUGGCUUUCAAUGCAUUGACUCCAGCGGAGCAGCAUGAACUCGACCGACUGCUUUGUGUCCAUGACUUUCGAUACAGCUUGGGCCUGACUGGAUGCGCGGCUCGAUUCCUUCGGCGCCUUCCACCUGCGCGACACUUUCUCGUUCGACAUACACCCACUGGGAGGUCCCUUUUUGCCGGCAGACACUGUAGCCACAUCGAGGGCAUGUCGCUGCAAUCAGGGCGUGCCUUGAUCAGGAAGAUCAACAAACACGUGACCCAGGAGCGGUUUAUCUAUCGCCACUCCUGGUCUGCUGGCGACCUCGUGAUCUGCGACAACAGAAGCUGCGUCCACCGAGGGCGGGCAUGGCGAAACCCUGCCCAGAUCAAACGGCAAAUUUCCCUAGUCAAGAUUGCGGAAGGUCGAAACGAAGUGGCUUCUGAUCUUCGGAGCUGUCGCUCGCUUUUGCGAGACAUGAAGCUCCGACCAGGCCCCAUCGCUGAGGCCGCCCCCUUACCCAAGGAGGCCGAGGCGCUGGCCAUGCUACAAGCCGUGGGCUGGGAGGAUCUUGACGCCAGCGAAGGGGAUGGCACCAUGCAGCUUGUACUGUCGGCAAAGUUUGCUGAGCAAAGCGCACAAUCGAAAAAGUGGGAGUGCUGGGAAAAGGAAUCAGCUGAAUUGCUUCGAUUUCGUCUUCACUUGCGCUGUUGCAUGCUGCAAAUCAUCAACAGGCCCGCAAAGCCUUCCAAGACAUAUUGGAAGAAGGGCUGCAGCCGAGCGACCCGCACUUACGGCACGGUCACGCUCGCUCUUUGUCGAAAGGGAUCUGAUGAUGCCCUUUCUUCAGAGGCCCAGACUUUCGGUGCGCUGGUCAACGCUGCCGUGCGUGUGGGAGACCUCUCGCAGGCCAGGACUUGGCUCCAGGAGUCCCGGAAGCAGGGCGUGAAUCCGGGUGUGGUGGCCUACACUACGCUGCUGAAAGGUCUGUGUGAAGCAGGUCAGAUACAGGAAGCUCAACAGGCGCUUGAGGACAUGCUGAGCUCCGGAUGCCAACCCAACAUCCGAACGGCCAACACGCUACUUCGAGGCUUGCGGCGGGCUGGGGAGGUCGAGGCUUCGCUUGAACUGCUGAGGCGAAUGGAAGAUGAGUGGGGCGUCCCUCCUGAUGCGACAAGCUGCGAGUAUGCAGUGGCACUGCUUUGCCAAGGCCUUCGCGUGAAAGCAGCGCGUGCCCUGCUCAAGAGGAGCUUGGCCCAGGCCGCGGGAGCAGAAGGCUCUGCUGAAGGCGCUGAAGGUUCUGACGCCUUCGUGACUUGGGAAGGUGGAAAGGCUGCAGCAUUCCGCAACCGUGCCAGUCUGUGGACAAUGGUGGCGGAAGCUUCCUUGUUGUGCAAUGAGCCACGCGUGAGAGCUCGGCGAGCUUUGAAAAGGGCGAGACUGCUGCGUCGGAAGGCUGCGAAGUGGCAGAAGCAGGAGCGACAGCCGCGCGAGGCUGGACCAGGAGCAUCCUCGGCCGUUCUUUUCGCAGAAUUCAAAGAGCGUGAGCUCGCGCGGAGAGCUGCUCUCAUAGAGGACCACCUCAAGAGCCAGAACGUGUUGGAAGCCCCAGCGAAGCACAUGACCAGACUCCUCGCGCUUCCCCAGGACAUUGCUGACCCUUUCCUGUCAACCUUUCUCUGUGACGUCUUGGGCAGCAGCGUCCUGCCAGCUCCGUGGUCCCUAUGCCGGGACGAGCAUAGCGGCCUCUUCUUCUGGAAUCAGACCUCCAACGAGACUGCCUGGGUGCACCCUCUCGAUGCAAUUCUUCGCGAAUGCAUGGCGGCUUUCCAAACCUGCAUUCAGAUGCCGCCGAAUUUGAGAGACCAAACCCUGAAUACAUUGCAGGAGUCUUGGGAAGCUGAAAUCACGAAGCUACUCUUCGAAUGGCAGCAAGCAGAAGACGAUGGCGGCCAAGUCUACUAUCACAACGCGGAAAAGCAGCUGUCCAUGUGGGAGCACCCUUCAUUGGUCUUCUUGCCAAGACAGUACAUGAGGGAGCAGGCCUUGAACAGACUGCGAGAUCUGGCGUACUUGGAACGCAUUGGUGCGCUGGCCAGUCGUGGAGGAAGUAGAGAAAUCUACCAGGCUUUGAAGCUCUCCAAGAUGAAGAUCGCAGAACACAUGUCGGUGCUUUCACCGAAGUCCAAAGACCUUUCCUUAGGGCGGUCUGCGACGACGGACACGGUGCAGAGCUCCCUAUCGGAUGCGCAAGCCAGCAAGGAGCAAGCGCCGAGCAAGGCCUUGCAACCAGAGAGCCCGAGCAAUCCGGGGUCAGCGCCGGCAGCGCCAGUGACACCUUCAGAGACUGUGGCGCCAAUGGAUGACAAGGCUUCAACCGCCCCAGCACGUCUGAUUCAGCGAGGCAUUGAGCUCGAGAGGAACAAUGCCGCGGCGAAGUCUGUCUUGCGGCUGGCUGGGGACCUGUUGCAGGCUAAUGGGAAUGGCCAGCCGAUUCGCCAAAAUCACCGCUCCGCUUUUCUGCGCAAGCCCAACCAGCAGAGGCUCGCAAAAUCCGUCUCCGAUGGCCACAUUAAGUUUAACUGGGCAAAAUCUUCCAUGGACCUGCAAGCAUCCUUGAGCCUCGAAGAGAAAGCCUGGUGGUGGCCGUGUGCGCCGAAGGGUGACGAGGCCUGCGCUGUCAGUGGCCAGACGCUGCUAAUGGAGCUCCAACGCUCCUUUGGCCUGCAUGGCGACCAGCCGAAAGCCGAGGCGAAACUAUUGCAGCGAUUGAACACCAUAGCUGGGGGAGGCCGUCAACUGAAGCUGGAUGCAGCCUUUGACGACGUCCCGAAGCCUCUGAAGGUGGAGCUUUGUUCUGGAGAGGGCGAAUGGGUGUGUGCUCAAGCAGCGGCUGACGCUGGCAAAGCAAGCUGGGCCUGUGUGGAAAAUAGGCGAGACCGCGUCUUCCGCACGUUCUCCCGCGCACUUCUCACUGGAGUGUGCAAGAAUCUCUGUGUGGUUGCUGCCGAUGCGGCUGUCUUUCUGCGCAUGCUUGCACCUGGCUCCGUGGCUUACGUGUAUGUCAACUUCCCGGAACCACCAGUUCGCCGCGGCUUGGGUGAUGGUGACAUAGAAGGAUCCGGUGCAGCGGGUCUUGGGGACGCUGCCGCCCCCCAUCUUCUCACUGCUGAGACUUUUCGCUCAGUGCGUCGAGUGCUGUCUUCUGACGGUACACUGCUGAUUCAUUCAGACAACGUGACUUACUUGCGGCAGCUUGCAGCGUCCCUGGGUGCAGUUGGCGGCUUCGCGAAUGUGAGUGACCCCGGCCCUGGUAUUGUCAGGGAUGGUGCCAGUAACUCGAGUCCGAAUGGAAUAGCGGUCUGGCGAGGGCGGCCGGGAAUUGAGGCUGGCGUGCCAGAUCCAGAGGCAUCGUCAUACUUUGACCGUCUGUGGAGCCACGGCCGCUUUACUCGACGUUAUUUCAUUCUCGUGCGACGAGAAGAAAAAAUCAGAGCGAGCAUGCCAUGGACAAGAUUCAGGUCGUUCCUGCAGCAGAGCAACACGCAAAAGUGCUUCUUCUUGCCACAACGAAAACCACGAUUGCGUCACAAUGACUCACCCUUGCUUCAACUAGCUUCAGCCACAAGUGGCUGCUUUCCAACGCCAUGA